AUGGAAGAUACCCAACUCUUCCCAAAAGACAACAUCCUCAAUUUGGAACAUGUUCCGAGCUUUGAAAACGAUUUUGAAGCAUUUAGUCAAGUAAGCAAAGCUUUGAAAAUUCCAAAUCUUUUGUUGAACCAAUCUUUUUGUACUUUCUCGAUUCUCAUUUGAAGUUUACUGAUUAUGCAAAGUCUGAAAACCGAUGAAUGAAAAAAAAAAAAACGAAUAAAACAUGCAAUAAUAGUUAGAAAAUCCUCAGAACCGAGAUACUGAAACCUUCUGAAAAUGUUGAAUGAUCCUAAAGAUUUUUUCAAAAUUUCUUAAAAAAAGGUGAAAAAUGAUUCUCUUUUAUUUUCUCGACAUUUUUCCAUCAGAUCGAGUUUCAGAUUCACUUUUCAGAUGAAAACUUCGUUGGAUAGACUUUGGUGGUCACGGUUGGUUAUUUCUGUGCGAGGAUAUGUGAUAAACUACGUCCACUCCAACGACAACACUUUGUUUCACUGUGAUGACGCUUUCACGAUUAUCCAUCGGUAUUUGGCCGAAACUUCGAGUGAUGUUGAUUCGGCUCACAAGGUCACUUAACAUCCGACUCCAUUCAAUUUAUUUGCUUUUUUCAGUAUUUUGUCGCUGUGGGCGCAAUGGCUAAGGAGAAGGAUCUUAUGCAGAGACUUCUGGCAGUGGCAAUGAAAAAGCCGAUUUCUGACAAUCCUCUGGAUAAUGAAGAAUUUCGGACGUGUUUCGAGCAAGUUUUCGGAAAGAUAAACCAAAUCACCAUUCAAAUUUCCAUCGGUUGGUUUUUUUAUGAGGGCUGAAGAGAUUUUAUGUUCGAAAAAACUGCAAAUUUUCGGCAGUCAGAGAAAACCAUUAGUUUGGCUAUUUCGGCAAGUAAGUUUUCUACUUUUUUAGUAGGUAGUAGGGAAAGCUUAAAAAGAAAUAUAUGAAAAAGGUUGAACAAUUUUACAAAAACUGGGUUUUUUUUUUUUAAAGUUUAUAUAAGCAUUUUUCUACUUUAUCAUCGAAAUGAGACAUUUGUUUUCAUAUCUUAUCAUUCCCUUCAAAAUUCGAUCUUAUCAGAACAACUUCCGGCGUACAUCGUGUUCGCGAGAGUCUUCUCGAUUCUACAAAUGCGAUGGAAAGAAGAAAAAGCGAAAAGAAGAGGAAUCCGGUUUGAAACUGAUCCUGAAUGGGAACCUGACGAGAGAGUUGUUCUAUUCCAACAGUUUGGCAGUGGUAAGUUGAUAAAAUCUUCGAAACAUUCAGUUUUUAAACUCUUAUUGAAAAAUCAAACGGGCUGCUUUCAGGAAAUCGAACAUGGAUUCUAUUAGAUUUUGAUCGUUAUAUUCUUGCUCAAUGGAAACCGAACGGAACUUCCGUCAUCUUUGGCGAUAGAUUUGUAGAAAAGGUUUGAUAAACUCGAACUUUUUUUCACAUCUUCAAAUUCCAUAUCAGAAAAAGAGGUCUGGAUUGAAGCUGUGUGCAACAUGUGGGAUGCUAGAACAACAGGUGGGUUUUUAAAUUUCUAACAUAUUUUUUUAUUCACCGCUUUCAGGCUUCUCAAUUUUAUAUCCACAACGAUCAAGCAUUUUUGCUCGAAAGAAUGUUUCGACUCUGUUGCACAACAAUACCGUGGCCCAACAGUUGUCCAAUUGUAAAGCAUUUUUUUCUACAAUUUCGUGACAUUCUCAGGAAAAAAAUCAAAUAUUCUCACGAGAAAUUUUAAACUUUGAUUUUCUGCGCUUAGAAUUAAUAUUUUCUUGAAAAAGAGUAUUUCAAUUCUAUCAUCCUUUUUUUCGAAAUUACAAAGCUUUCUGUUUCUGAAGCAUGAAGCUUUUAAUGAAUAUAAAAGUUGAUUCUUUGAGAUUUUUUCCAGGCAUUUUUUCAAAUGCAGAAAAAUUAUUUUCGCCGAAUGCGCAACUCCAAAAAAAGUGCGGUACGCGAAAUUCUUCCCAUCUCUGUUCAUUAACGGUAGACUCCGGACUUGUCGAGUGUCAAACUAUGUAAGAUCCUUCCAAUUGACUUCUUUUCAUUUUUCUCUAUCUUAUUCUGAUGAAAAAUUUUCAAAUUUAAAUACCAUACAGCGUUUUGCGCGGAAGUUCUCUGUUCCAUACUUCAAACAUUGUACAAAUAACCGAUGCACAUACACUCACAAAUCAUAAAUCUUUAUCGACAUGUCAAGGAAUGUAAACGGAGAAAAAUGACACGCAAUAUUUGAGGCUCGAGGGUAA